GCGCCGAGGCGGGUGCAGCGCGGGGCAAGAGGGGGGGUAGUGGUGAAAAGCCGCCUGGGCCGGUGCGCUAGCCAGUCUGCCCCUCUGCCCGCCGGGAGCAGUGCGUGAGGCCGAGUCCGCCGUUGGAUCCGCCCGGCUCCGCCUUGCCCCUUCCGGCCCCGUCUCGUGCCCGCACCCCGCGGAGCAGCGACCCCCGACCCGCUCACGGCCGGCCGGGAUGGGAGUGCAGGUGGAGACCAUCUCCCCCGGAGACGGGCGCACCUUUCCCAAGCGCGGCCAGACCUGCGUGGUGCACUACACGGGGAUGCUUGAAGAUGGAAAAAAGUUUGAUUCUUCCCGUGACAGAAAUAAACCCUUCAAGUUUGUGAUGGGCAAGCAGGAGGUGAUUCGAGGCUGGGAAGAAGGAGUUGCCCAGAUGAGUGUGGGCCAGAGAGCAAAAAUGACCAUCUCUCCAGACUAUGCUUAUGGUUCCACUGGUCACCCAGGCAUCAUUCCACCAAAUGCUACUCUCAUCUUUGAUGUGGAACUUAUAAAAUUGGAAUGACAGGAAUGGUUUCUUCCCCUAGCUCCCUGUUUCUUGAAUUGGACACAUGGAGGAGUCCAGAGUCUCAGCUUCAAGAAGAAUGCACAUGGAUUUGUAUGGAGCUUUUCCCUGAUAUUCCACUACAUUCAUUGUAUAGACAUAUACCCCGAUUGGAUGUGUUAUCACUUGGCUUUGCUUCCAACUCUUCCUCCUUGUAUAUGUAUUGUCUCUAAACUAUACACCGUAAACCUCAACUUGUCAAGUCAUUCAUUUUUUGUUUUUGUUUUUGGGGUCUAGAUUUAAAUUGAAAUCUUUUGGAUAUAGAUUUAAGAUUAAGUGUAUGAUCAAGCAUUAACAGCACACAGAUGGGUUAACCUUAGAAUAGGAAUUAUUUGGACAGAGAAAAUCUUUGUCCCUUUUAUUUUUUUGGUGAAAUUUAUCUAUUAUGUAUUGAAGAAAAAAAUUUUUUUUAGCUGCUGCUGCUGUAAAGCCAUAGCAGAUUGAGGAGCUAUUGAGGGCUGACAUAUUCUCCAUGUUGAAUGAUUUCCUUGGAGCAUAUCAGUCACCCUAUCCAAAAUGAAGGUGGGGAAGGAGAAGCUGCUUCAACUACCCAACCCUCCUUCCCCUCCCCCCUCUUAAUCUCUGCCUUUUGAAAGCAGAUAUUUUCAAUGCAGUGUUGGACACGCCACUUGGUGUCUUAUCUACAGGACAACUCGGGUCAAUAUAAACCUACUUUGUUGAUGCCUGACUUUUUUUUUUCCAUCUUGUGGUUUUUCUAAUGGAUUUGGAGGACUUUUUAAAAAUCUCCAGUAGCCAUCAAAGCUCCACAACUACCUAAAUUCCAAGAACUUGAAUUGAUUGUUAAAUUGAAGGUGCUGUUUGUAGAAAUUAUCAACACAAUGAAAGCCCAGUCAUUGUCACAGGAAAUAGUUGCGUGUUCUCUACAAAAAACAAAAAAAAAAACAAAAAAACAAAACUGAUGCUGGUCAUCACAGCUUCAACAUCUCCUGUUUUUGAUGCUCAGCUUCCCUAUUGCUGAUACCUCUCCUUCCACCCCCACCUUCCUUUUUUCUCCCACUCCUACCCCCCUUUUGCUGUCCGUGUAGUGAUUGGUAAGAGAAACUGCCACCACCCACUCUCCCUCCACCACAUGAGUUUCAAGUUUUAUUAUUGCAAUAAAAUGCUUUAUGCUGGCUUUUCUCAA